AUUUAAACACAACAGAAACAAUUGUGAAAAAAUAAAACUUAUGGAUGGUGUAAAAAAUUCUCAGUAAAUCUACAAUAAACAACAGCACAAAAGAGCGUAGUGAGAUAAAAAAAGAAAAAAUUUCACAAUAAGCAUUAUUCAAAAGCAUAGUGAGACAAUAUAAAUAAUAAAAAGCAGCAUCAUUUCAUGAGGAAAAAAUGGGACUUUUAACAUAUGCAUGUGCAUUGUUUGCGCUGCAGCUAAUUCAAUUACCAGGUUUUCUUGGUGUAAGUUGGGAUUCAUGGUGGACGUAUGAUGGAAUUUCAGGUCCAGCAUUUUGGGGCUUAAUCAAUCCAGAAUGGUCAUUGUGCAAUAAAGGUCGUCGACAAUCACCUGUAAAUUUAGAGCCUCAACGAUUACUGUUUGAUCCUAAUUUGAGGCCUUUGCAUAUUGAUAAGCAUAGAAUUAGUGGAACAAUAGCAAAUACAGGACAUAGUAUAAUAUUUACAGUUGACAAUGAUACAAUAUAUAAUUCAUAUGGGAGCAUCAGUAGUAUGAGCAGUAGUAGUCUAAACAACAUGCAAAUUAGCAAUCAGAUACCUGUCAAUUUGACCGGCGGUCCACUUUCGUAUCGUUAUCGAUUUCAUGAAAUUCACAUACAUUAUGGACUACAUGAUCAAUUUGGCAGUGAGCAUAGUGUGGAGGGUUAUACAUUUCCAGCUGAGAUACAAAUUUUCGGCUAUAAUUCUCAACUUUAUACAAAUUAUUCUGAUGCUGUUUAUCGAGCACAGGGUAUAGUAGCAGUUUCCGUGCUGUUACAGCUCGGUGACCUUUCAAACCCAGAGCUUCGCAUGCUAACCGAUCAAUUAGAUAAAAUUCGAUUUGGUGGUGAUGAGACGCCUGUAAAGCGUUUAUCCGUUCGUGGCCUACUUCCCGACACGGAACAUUAUAUGACUUAUGAGGGAUCUACAACGUCACCAUCAUGUCAUGAGACAGUUACGUGGAUAGUUUUAAAUAAACCAAUUUACAUAACGAAACAACAGCUUCAUGCCUUAAGGCGGUUAAUGCAAGGUGCACCAGAUCAUCCGAAGGCACCGCUCGGAAAUAAUUUCCGACCACCACAGCCAUUAUUGCAUCGACCAGUGAGAACAAAUAUUGACUUCAGGAGUAAACAGCCAGGAAAGGCUUGCCCAACAAUGUAUAAGGAAGUGCAUUAUAAAGCAAACACAUGGAAACAGCAUUGAAAUUUAUGAUUAAAUUUUCACAUCAAUUAAAUCUUCCAGAACGAGAGCGAAUAAGCACACAGCAGAGUCAAUAUUAAAACCAUCGAGCAGCGGCUGUUAAGAGUCAUGGCAAUCAGCCCAAGCCCUCUCUCCCCCACCAAACCCAUACAAUAUCAAUUUAUUCGAUUUUAUGUAAAUAAUGCCAAUCAUUAAUAGUAAUAAUAAAUAAUAAUUAUUAUAACUCAUGGUAAGUGACUACGCGAUGUAAUGCAAUAUAAAUCCUCAU